AUCUCGGUAGUCACCACACUGCACUUGCUGGCCUCUAGCGCAUCUUGUCCCGAGUUAAUUCGAUUUAGUAAAACUCCCGAAAAAUCUGAUUAGGUUUUCAUCAUGGCUAAAAUUUCUCCAUCCAUUUCUUUGUUGUUGAUUGCUGUGCUGGCUUGUACCUGGCUCAUGGGGACUACGGCCGAAGAGAACAUCCAAAAUCCUUCGCGGACUGAACGCCAAUACUCAUUGAAUGCUGGCGAUUAUGCCGUUCCUUAUUACGGCCCCAUCCUGGAAUUGCCGAGUUUCAGUUACAACACGGAGACUAGAGCACCUAAUUAUUUGAACAGACCUUUUUUCACGGCGGCAUCUGCAGCUUCUUCCGGAGAAAGGACGUUUCAGACACUGCUCAAUCUUAUUUCUGGGAGGCCUCUGUGUGCAGCAUGUCCUAGUUGCCCGGCAUGUCCUAGCUGCCCCACAUGCCCAGUAGUCCCCGUGAUUCCAGCAGAUGUGAUUCCUUUAGCCCCUGAAUCAGCAAAGUGUCUUACCGCUAAUAUUGCGAAAGAUUCUGACGAUUUGACGACUUGCUCAAGUGUAUCGGCAGCGCCCAGUGGAAUUAUUGACGUGACAUUUGCUGCUGCCCAAACGGUUACCAUUGGAAUCGUCGCCGUUGCACCCAAUACUAAAGUCACGUUGACUUGUACUGCCAUUCCAACCGGCACAGACUUGGGAGCAAAAACGCAAGCUGGACCCAUAACAGCGAACGCAGUGAUAACUUCUCCCAAAGGUUUCGUACAAAUUAUCGCGUCUGCCGGUACUGGAGCUAACGAUAAAAAACAGUUGAAAUGCUCGUGGAAAUCGUCUUAGAUGUUGCGUCAGGAGAUCGCAAAUUCGCAGACCACUCUUCGGUUUUUGCCGUACUUACCUAUACAUCCGUAGUUAUAUGCAUCGCUUAUAGUCUUGAUUUGAGUUAAAACAUCGGUCUAUUCACAUUUGUUGCAAUUGUAAAUGUAGUAAACCAGCAUUGCUUUUAAUUAGUUCAAGUUACCUGGGGAUUCUAUCGCGUAUGCCUGUCGAUCUGUUCAUUCUGCUGGUGAUGGUUUAUUAUACACUUGAAAAUGUUUCAUUUGAGCUUCCAAAUUUUUGAAGACUUUGUAAUACAAUUAGCAAGUUAAAAU